AUGUGUUCAGUAGAUGCUGGCGAUCGGGGAGCUAUAUCCGCUUUUGUCGAGAGGUGGCACAAGGAGACUAGCAGCUUCCAUCUUCCAAUAAGAGAGUUGACCAUCACACUGGAUGAUGUGGCGUCACUCUUCCAUCUUCUGAUCAUAGACAUCUUCCACAGCUUUGAGCCUCUACAUGUGGAUGAGGCGAUCAUCAUGUUGGUGGAGUUGCUAGAAGUCUCGGGUGAGGAGGCUAGAGCUGAGACUGCACAAUGUCAUGGGGCAUAUGUACUCUUGUUGUGGCUACGGGAUAUCUAUCAGAGGAGAUGCGAGAGCCGACAGUGGAUACUUGCAACUCGUGUGUAUCUCCUACACUUGGUUGGUUGCACUCUUUUUGCUAACAAGAGUGCAACACAUGUUCAUAUAGUUUUGGACGCUUUUCGAGACUUGGCUCAGAGUGGGAGCUAUGCCUGGGGAGCUGUUGUGCUGUGUUGGAUAUAUGAGCACUUUCCUAGUGUUCAUGACAGCGUGACUGAUGAUGACUAUGAUGAGACGUCACCACGUGCCUGCCAAUGGCUUACUAUGAAGGCUUAUAUGAAGGGAUUAACAGCAUCGCCAUACCGGACCCGUAUAAAUGCACUGAUGAUCACUUACGGUGAGCUUAGAUGGGGUCCCAUUGUGGUCACACUUCGAUCAGAGAGGGUGGUGACACAUUUUGGCUACAUUCAGACCAUCCCUCCACCGCCUAUUAGUGCCACCUUGUCAUAUGAGGAUAUCGACGACAGGUGGAUGCAUUACUCGGACCAUCUAACAGCUGCGGGAUAG